GGAACAAUAGCAACAUCUGGAUCAGCCAUGGACUCAGAAGAGUCCAACACAGACUCUCUGCUCAAAGGAAAAAGGAGGCAAGACCUCCAAGAGAUGCUGACAGAAGUAGGACUGUCUGUUGAAUAUUGGUUGCCUAAGCUACAGCAACAUCUCGGUGUGAGCUGUGCCCAAGCCUUACAAUACUUAGAAGAAAAGGACCUUCAGAAACUGAAGUCCCAGGUACAGCAUUCAUGGGAGAAAAAGGCCCUGGAGAAGUUGAUUGACUUGGCACAAUCAAAUAGUAUGUCAGCCUUGGACAAGUCACCAGUGCAGAUGAUAAGGAAAAGGCAAAAGCAGGCAGAGCAGACACUGGAGGAGCUGAAGGAUUUGCUGUUAGAAGGAAGGUGCAGACAAGAAGAGGCAGUGAGGAGAAAAGAAUCAGAGCUGAGGGAAGUAAUGGAGAUCCCUGAACAAUACUGGCCACUACCUGAACAGCCACUAAGCAAGGUUGUGGAAAGCAUUCAGACACAACUCAGUCUCACUGUGCAGACACUGUCCCACAGACAAAACCUCCCAGAUAGAGAUGUGGUAAGAAGGGCAUCUGGAGGACUGGCCCUGCAGGGAAUAUAUAAAACCAGUCAUCAAAUGGAUCUAAUCCAGAAGAGAGAAGAACUACUCAGUGUCCCCAAGGAAUUCUUGCUUCAUGGCCCAGAGCAAGGCACACGGAUGGAAACUAGAGAAUUUACAUCUUCUCAUACAGAAUCCAUGUUUACCAGGAUUAUAGAGACCCUGGGUUUCCGUGUAGCUGCCUCAAGCAAAGGUGAAGGUUGGGGUUUUAAUUUAGAAGCUGGUGUGGAUGGAAGCACACAUUCGGAAUCCAAGGAGACUCAACAAUCAUCGUCUAAGAAAACUUACUUCUGCUCAAGCAAGUUCAGCUACAUCCCCUUGGCCUCCUGCCACUUUCCCAUGGAUCAACUCCAGCUCUCCAAGGCUGCUUUCCAGGAACUGAAAACCAUUGAAAAACUUCUGAGUGAGACUUCAGAUUCAGACAAACUGCAAUUACUGAGGCAGAGAACUGAAAACUUCUUCCUCAGAUUUGGUUCCCAUGCUAACCAAGGACCCCUGCACCUGGGAGGAAUCUACUGGUGGAAGGCCACUGCAGAGGGUUUCCAGAGUCACCAGAUGGCUGAGGUGAAUGUUCCUUUCCAUCGUCCUCAGGCUGUCAAUGGAUGGAGUUGGUAUAAAACAGACAACUUUGUCAUAGAUUCCUGUUCUACUUCAGUAGCCAGUGAUGAUUACAUGAUUUUGGAUGAUGACCGGAAAUUCCUAUUUAAAAACUAUAGACAGGCAGGAGGAGAUUUUGCCACUUGGAGCAUCACUGCAGAUUUAUCCACACAGCCAUACUGGAAGUGGUUUAUAUCACACUUCAGAUCAAAUCUAGAAGAAAAGUACAAGUAUAAAUUUAAAGGCAAAGGUGAAAUCCCUAAUACAUGGUUACAAAUCACAAAGCAGGAUGUGCUUAAUGACUUGAAAAAAUAG